UAUUAACAAAUAGGAUUUUUUCUGAACGAGCUCGUUUAGAGAGUGGACGGUAGAGUCCAAGACAAACCAGAAUGAUUUCCUUGCUCUAGGGGAUGUAAUCAUUAAAAUUACCACAUCCGGCUCGUACCGAACGCUGGUAAUUCAUCUUGUUACCGUCAUCUUUAACUAGUCAACCACGCCUCGCUAUUGCAACAUUUGCCUUAAACCAGUCACUGUUUAAUGGAUACUGAAUAGUGCAGCAAGACGCAAAAAAAGUGAGUUUUAGAUCUCGAGAUGGACAACAACACACAGACUACAGACAGCGUCGACAGGUCCGACCUGGUCUCUGAGGACGGGAAGAACAGUAAGUCUGUUCUAUGCCAACGAUGCGGAUCCAAGGUGCUGUCGCCGGGAAUGGCUGUGUUCGCGGAGAAAGAGCUUAUCCUGCCAUCCAUGCGUAAAAAGAGCAAUCUCAGCGCCACAGAGGACUCAGUGGACAGGGACACACUGACCGCCCACUGGUUAGUGGGUGAUAUGUUCGAUUUUGAGAAUGUGGGCUUCACUAAUGAUGUCGGAAGAAUCAAGUAUCUCAUUUGCGCUGACUGUGAGAUCGGACCCAUCGGCUGGCACUGUUUGGAUGAUAAGAUAGGUUACUAUGUUGCAAUAGACCGAGUGAAUCAUGCCUAGUUUUAAAGCGUAAUGAAACACAGAAUGAAUUGUAAAAUAAAUACAGUUUAUGUGCUGGAUGGCUUUACUGUCAGAGCUGAGCCUUAAAAACACAUAUUGGAUUGAUAAA